AAAAUAGAAGAUAAACAAGAUUUGGGCUUUGGAAAAGUGUCCGGAUACAGCCCAAGUCCAAACUCAGCCCAAAGUAAGCCUGAGGUUACCAAUGCUUUGCCAGAACUCGAAGGAGAACACUCGGUCUUAGCUCUCCUGCUCAAGCAAGGUCUUGCAAUGGCCGUGUCAUUAGCUCCUCAAAACACAAACGACGAUCAACAAUCCAAUCACCCAACCCAACCCAGGAAGGUCUUCAAUUCAAGCAAGCCCCUUCUCCAAGCUUCAUGCAUUUGCCACGUGUCACGCCUCACCACACCGAAGCAAUGCGCCACAAGAUUCGACUUUUUAACACUAUGUGCAGGUUAAUACGGUGCGUUUGGGUCCCUGAAAGCCCCACGUUUUAUGCCGAGCUAAAGUUGUUGGAUUCUGUUAGUUAGUUUGUUGUGGGGAUUUGGCGGGAAAAAGAGAGAGAGAGAGAGAGAUAGGGGUCUGUGAACAAGAGGGUGUAGUGCAGCCAAGGUGUUCGAUACAAAGCCCUGAGAAUUUUGGUUUCGGAAACAAGCUCCAUUUUCGUUUUCGUUGCUCAAUUUGGCGUAAAGGUCAUGGAUUUCGUCGAACCUGGGAGCUCUGGAACCCGGAGGAUACAAGCUCCGAGGAGGCCAUGUGUUCUACUUGGUGCUAGUGGAAGUGUAGCUGCCUUGGAUUUUGAUGAACUCUGCCAUACUUUCUGUGAAUGGGCAGAAGUAAGAGCAGUUGCCACAAGAGCAUCUUUGCAUUACAUUGACAGAGCAUCAUUGCCCAAGGAUGUAAUUCUUUACACUGAUGAAGAUGAAUUGUCUUGGUGGGACGAAACAGGUGAUAAUGUGGUUCACAUUGAGCUGCAGAAUUGGGCUGAUAUCAUGGUUAUUGCUCCCUUAUCAGUAAAUACACUAGGAAAGAUUGCUACUGGAUUGUGCGACAAUCUACUUACCAAUUUUGUAUUUGCUUGGAAUUACGAAAAACCUUUGUUUGUUGCACCGGCCAUGAAUGCCUUGAUGUGGAGGAAUCCUUUCACCGAGAAGCAUCUGAUAUCAAUUGAUGAACAGGGAAUUAUACUCAUACGACCUGAGGAUGGCAAAAUGGCUGAACAUUCUAUAAUUUACUCCACUGUUAUGGCUUGUCCCAAACUUGGAAAUGUUAUAUGGGAGCCAAUACAAGCCGAUGCUGCACUCAGAAAGCCAAGAAUUCUACUCGGUGCUAGCGGAAGUGUAGCUGCCAUGAAACUUAGUCAACUCUGCCGUAGUUUUUCUGAUUGGGCAGAAGUAAGAGCAGUUGCCACAGGAGCAUCUUUGAGAUUCAUUGAUAAAGCAUCAUUUCCCAAUGUAAUUGCUUACACCGAUGGGGAUGAAUUUUCCCGUUGGAACACAACAGAUGAUAGUGUGCUUCCCGUUAAGCUCCGCCACUGGGCAGAUAUCAUGGUUAUUGCUCCAUUAUCAGCAAACACAUUAGGCAAGAUUGCUGGAGGGCUGUGUGACAAUCUACUCACCCACAUUGUAUAUGCAUGGGAUGACAGCAAGCCUUUGUUUGUUGCGCCGGCUAUGAACACCCUGAUGUGGGAUAAUCCCUUGACGCAGCAACACAUCAAGGCGAUUGAGGAACUUGGAUUUUCACUCAUCCUACCCAUCACAAGGAAUGGUGCAAUGGCUGAAGUUUCGUUGAUAUACUCCACUGUGAGAACCUUUGUACAUUCGCACGUUCAACCAGCAGGGAGAGUUGUUUAGCAAGCAAUGCUGUAAAAGCUGAUGAUAGCAUUUGACUUGGAAGGUAUAACGUGGUAAAAUUGUCCUGGCGCAUGAUGUGUUUUGGAAUGUGAAUUAGGCUAACGAAUAUCUGCAAAUGUCGUAGUCAAUUUGGAUUCAGGUUGUCAUUAGGUCCUUUGAUCUUGUAUGCACUCUACAUAUGAUACUGGGAAUUUACCAUAGAUACUGUAUCUUUAACAGCUUUAGUACCUACAUUUCUUGUUCUAUGUGAAUGAGGUACAGUGUUACUUACAUAUAUUAAAUGUUGCUUUUGUGGCCUUGAUUAUA